CCCACCAUUAGCAUCAUUCUCAUUCUUAUAUUUUUCAAGUAGAUGAGAGAAGGAGCAGAGAAGAGAGAAAGAGAGUGAGAGAGAAGCCUGUUCCCUUCCCUCUUUUGGUCCAAGAACCUUUGCAAGGAGCUGGGUUGAGUCCUUUGCAGUGAAGGAAGGGGUUAAUCUGGAUUUGCUCACUCAGUGGGUGACAGAUCACUUGAGUGUGACCAACUGCAGCCGCAGGAGGAGGAGGAGGAGGAGGCUGCAGACUAAUGAUCAGCCUUCUCUUUUUCUCCUUCCUUCCUUCCUUCCAUCCACACCCACUUCUUUCCCUUUGGAUCUGGACCCCACAUCUCCUCCGACCUGUCUAGAUCUUCUGCAGGAAAAGCCACCGUGGAUGAUUCUCUCCUUGUUCUGAUCUGAGGGUGUUUUGCAACAAGAGCUCCACCAGACCAGGCUGCACAUUGCCUCCUUUCUUUUCCUCUUCCGCCCUUUCUCUUGCCUUCCUUGUCUUCUUGGCACCUGGCCUCCCAGGGAGAAGAAGCUGCUUCAACAAGGCACCAUGGCCACCAAAAUCGACAAAGAGGCCUGUCGAGAAGCCUACAACCUGGUCCGGGAUGACAGCACAGAGGCCAAUUGGGUCACGUUCAAGUACGACGGAGCCACCAUCGUCCCCGGGCACCACGGUGUGGAUUAUGAGGAAUUCACCCGGGAAUGCACAGAUGACCUGCGGCUGUUUGGCUUCGUCCGAUUCACCACCGGCGACGCCAUGAGCAAACGGGUCAAGUUUGCAUUGAUCACUUGGAUUGGCGAGAACGUCAGCGGCCUGCAGCGCGCCAAGACAGGGACCGACAAGACUUUGGUGAAAGAAGUAGUACAGAAUUUUGCCAAAGAGUUUGUGAUCAGCGACCACAAAGAACUGGAUGAAGACUACAUCAAGGGGGAACUGAAGAAAGCCGGCGGCGCAAACUACGACGCACAAACGGAAUAGAGAAAAACCCAUGGUGCCUCCUGGAUUGGGAGAAAGGGAAGGAGGGAGGAAAAAGCACAAUUCAUCUUCAGAAGGAAAGAAAAAAACUGGGAGGAGAUGACCAAAAGGAAGACAACGCAGCUUCCUCUCACUGCACAUUGCGGAGCAAUUUCUCCGGCUCCCGAAGUGGACCUCGCUUUCUCAUUCCAUCCGGCGAAGCAUCUCUCUCCCUCUCUCAUUCCUCAUCCUUUUGUUUCAACUUCUUUCCUUCUUCUUAUUCUUCUGUUUUGACUGCUGUCUUUUCACAUUUAACAACAUCAGAUGCUCGGCUCCCUUCCGCAGCAUGUUAGCGAUGAGACGGUCAAACGAGUCGCCAAAGUCCCGAUCUGGCAUUCGGCUCACCAGGGUGUUGUUGUUUUUGUUGUUUUGGAAGGCCUUAGGAAUGAAAUCAGUUGUUAUAUUAUGUGUGACUUCUUCUCCAACUUCCUCCAUUCAGCUCGAAAUCUUCCAGGAAAAGCCAAGCAUGCAGAAGUAGUUAGAGUUAGAACACACAUCUACACUGUAGGAUGAAUGUGGUUUGACACCACUUUAAGGUUAUGCUUUGGAGGCAUAGCUUUGAUAGGAAAGCUGUUCUCCAUAAUUCCUGAUCCAACCCCAAAACCCACCAGAAGAACCAGUCAGAUAUCAUGAAGGCCUGAGGCUGGAUCUACAUUGGCCUAUAAUGAGUUUGGACUGCAUUAUAUGGUUAGUGUAGACCUAUGUGAUGUAUCCAAAUUGCAUUAUAUGGCAUUGUAGAUCCAGCCUCAUUUUUGUGAUGCUGGAAAGCAGGAUACUGCAAGAUGACAUGGUCAGUGAAUGCUCUAGGGGUGCAUCUACACUGUAGAAUUAAUGCAGUUUGAUACUGUUUUAAUGGACAUGUAAUCAUGGGAAUUGUUUGGUGAGGCAUCAGCAAAACUCUUUGCAAGAGAAGGCUAAAACCCUGGUGGAAUUACACAUCCCAUGAAACCAUAGUAUUGGGCCAUGGCAAUUAAAGUGAUGCUAAACUGCAUUAAUUGCAUCAUGGAGAUUAACCCCCAGUUUCUUCUCUCACAAUUUCCAGGAAUACGGGACUCAAUUGGUUAACUCUGAAGAUAGGUUGCAGGGGCAUUAAUUGUGGUUAUGGAAAUAUGAAUGCAAAACAGUCACAAGGUUAUAAGUCUCAAAGAGCCUCUACGCUAUACAAUUAAUGCAGUUUGGCACCACUUGAAUUCCCAUGGCUCAAUGCUAUGAAGCACUGGGAGUUGUAGAUUUAGAAGGUCUUUAGUCUUCUCUGUCAAAUGGUGCUAGUGCCUCACCAAACUACAAUUCACGCUAUUCCGUCACAUUGAAUCAAAGCAGUGUCAAACUGCAUUCGUUCCACAGUGUAGAUGCACCUUAACUUGCCUAACACAGCCAUUGACAGGAAUCUGAAGGGAUAGGAUGAUAUGCCUUAACAGAAUGGUUUAUUUCUCCCCUCUUCUCUCACUCCAUCCUUUUUUCAAAGUGCUUUUCUUUCCAUUUCCUAUUUUAUUUCCUCCAUAAUUGCUAUAACAGUGGUAAACAAGGGGGCCGGGAAGCAGAAAUAUCUCAUCAUUGUACUGUUUUGUACAUUUGUUGGCUUUUUACAAAACUCUUUGCCUUUGUGUUUCGGAAGACGAUUGCUGCUGAGAUUUUCAGACAAAUACACAAGAGCAUUGGUUACA